AUGUGGUGGUGUAAAGAGAAAGGCGAAUAUAUUCUUUAUAAAAACCAAUGGAUUAAUUUUAGUAUUAUCGUUACAACAACACCAUAUUUGAUGGAACAAUAUAAGAUUAUAUUUUUCGAUGGUCAAGCAACUAUAUGUACGAUUACCACUAAUCAAAAAGUAUGCAAUCAUCCAGAAAGACCAGCUGCUUAUCGUGACUACAAUCGAAAGCAAAAUGUACUAACUAUAAGAAAUCCAACUCCAGAACAAAUUUUUGUUAAUACUCAUGCACAAGAAAUCUGUGAACGUACUCUCCAAUCAGCACGGAAAGCAGUGGCACAAUUAGGUUUACCAUCGACCAGCGAAAAUAUAGAAGGUGCUGCAAUGACAUCUUGUAUCAAUGAUCUCGAACUUUCUGGUGAUAGGCGGUUUGCCAAUAGUGUGCUACAAUUAUCCAUAUUUGAUACUGCUGCAACAAGAAAUGUUUCUGAAGAGCAGCAGAACCUAUUGUUUGAACAAAGUGCAGUGGUUUUAGAGGCUGCCGUUGCUAAUACCUCGGCAAUGAUCGAACAAUUUAUUCUAUCAGAAAAUAUUACACUCGACACAACAACAUCAACCACUACUCCAUCAACUACAACCGCAGAAACUACUACUACCGUAACUACGAGUACAGCUACUGUCGAAUCCACAACUACAUCCGGUAGUACUAGCGUAACUACCGAUUCAAGCGUUCCUACAACUACGAUUAUGACUACUACAUCAAAAGGUUCUGAAGGCAAGGGACUAUGUAAUUUCUAUGGUGAUCCUCAUAUGCUCAUCUUUGGGCAACGACUCAGCGCGUUUCAACAUCAAUACUGGUGUAAAACGCCGGGUGAACAUCGUAUUUUACUAAAUGAUUUUGUUCAAAUUUUUGUGACUGUACACACAGAAGCUUGGCGGAUAGAUCAAUUUAAUAUGACAUUUUUCAAAGACAACAGUAUAGCUCUCUGUACAAUUGAUAAUCAUCAACAAAUAUGUAACAGCUCAGGUAAGGUCAACAAAUUGAUACCCAUACGUUAUUUUUCGAUCGUUUAUGAGAUAGAUGUCAAACUAACUCGCCCAAGUAGAUCGCAAAUUGAUAUUCUAUAUGCAGCUAUUGAUCUACAUAUUUCUAUUGUAACAAAUCAAUAUGAGUUUGAUUGGUAUGAUAUAACCGUACGUAUGCCUUACGAAUUGAUAAGGCGAUCUAGUGGUCUUUGCGUGAUGCCACCUGUAGACGAUUGUGAACUCGAAAAUAGUAUUGAACAAAAACAAAAACUUUUUCAACGCUUUAAUAUGAAUACUUUGCCGAGACAAGUUUGUGAAGCAUAUUUAACUGCAAGUAAUCAAGCAGCUGUUGAACUCGGUAUAUCAAUCGAUUCAAAUAUACACGAUAGUAGUUUGUCUGCAUGUAUUCAUGAUUAUGAAACAACAGGAAACAAAAAUUUUGGUGCAAGUUUAGUCAAUAUGAUUAUCAAACAUGGAAUCAAUGCAUUGCAACUAGAUGAUAAUAGUUUUGAUUUAUAUACAAAUAAGAGUAUUAACAUAAUAAACGCUGCUCUUACUAAUGCAAGUACUCAAGUAGAUAUACUUCUUGCUGCAACAACGGAAGCUACUAAUACUACUACUACUACUACUACAAGCGUCUCAAUACAAACCACUACAUCAUCGAGCUAUUCCACUACAAUUAGAGAUCAGAGUUCUACGACUUCGACAACAUCUUUAUUGAGUACGACAUUUAGUACAACUAUAUCAAGCUCAACCUUUCCAUCAACGACGCCUGCCCCAAUACAAACCACUACAUCAACGGCACCUGCCACAAUACAAACCACUACAUCAACGGCACCUGCCACAAUACAAACCACUACAUCAACGGCACCUGCCCCAAUACAAACCACUACAUCGUCGAGCUAUUCUCAAACGACUACAUUAAAUUGUUCAACAAUUUCAAGACCAAUGUAUACUGCUUUUGUCCUUUUUACAAGUAUACUUUUGUUCAAAUCAUUUUUUGCUAACCUCUAA